AUGGCGACUUCUCGUUGGAAUUUGGUGGCUAGGCAUUUCUGUUCUUCUGCCGCAAGGGGUGGGAAACUUGUUCAGGCUCCCUUACAAGUAUAUGGUGUUGAAGGUAGAUAUGCAAGUGCUCUCUAUUCAGCAGCUACUAAGCAAUCCAAAUUAGAAACUGUAGAAAAAGAGCUGAGUUCACUACAGUCAGAGCUACAAAAAAAUCAACAAUUGCUAGAGUUUCUUUCAGAUCCUUCACAAAAAAAGUUUCAGAAGAAAGCUGCUGUUGAAAGUUUGAUGAAAAAGAAAAACUUUUCAGAUUUGACUGUCAAUUUAUUUGUUGCCUUGGCUGAGAAUGGACGCAUGAAGAAAACAAUGCAGGUGAUUUCAUCUUUCAAUAAGUUGAUGAGCGCACACAGGGGAGAAGUCUCCUGCACUGUGAAAACAGCCAAGCCUCUGGAUGAAGCAACACUGAAAGAGUUGAAGACAGCUCUACAAGGAUUUUUGAAAAAAGGGGAAUCUCUUCAGCUACAAACUUCUGUUGACCCCACUUUAAUUGGAGGUAUGACCGUAGCUCUUGGAGAUAAAUUUGUGGACAUGUCAAUGAGAACCAAGAUCAAGACCUACACUGACCUAAUCAAGGCUGCUGUAUAA